CACGACGUCUAAGUGCACGGACUCUAGCGGCGGACAGCAAUGGUACCAAAGGACUUCCUGACGUUUAUUACAGUCUACUCAGUAGUCUUUGCUAGUUCAGAACUCUUAGGUCAUCAAUCAACAUGUCAUUUUCAAAUAAUUCAUUGUUCCUGCAAAGAAAUGUACGGUGUAGAUUUGAUCGUGACUGUGGAAAAGUGUGUUUACGAUUUGAAAGAAGGAGAUGCAAAAUCUGUUUGCAGCAGCGAGACGGUCAUGGAGAAAUGUAGGAAAGGUGGUGAGCUUUCAAAAUUUUUGUUUGUUGAAGGUGGGCUUCAUUUUCCUCUAAUUUGCCGUUUAUACGGACACCGAGGAGGCCAUAGAAUGUGUCCGUAAUAACGGUUUGUCUGUACGAAGCAUAUGGACAGCUCGCUCUUUGGUCAGCAGGGCUACCAAAAAGCCCAGGGAUCAAUUUUUGGUCACACUCAUACAAUCACACACUUUCGCGGCACUGAUAUAAAGACCAUCCACAACCACGCAUAAUCUUCUCACGUUUAACAUAGGCGAAAUAUCAUCGAAUAACUCGGAAAAACUCAGCCUAUUGCAAAAAUAAACACCUCUGGACUUUUCUCUUACACUCGUCUUAUUCAUGUUCCCGGAUGUAGAGUCACACGGUCGGCGGAUCACCAUAGCCUUGUUUUCACACCAGAAAGUCUUGGCCCGGGUCAAAGUUCACUGGCAAGUUUGCUCUCAUCUAAUUCAUUUGACUCAUAAGAGCCUGUUCCUGAGGCCAAAGACUUAGUGGUCACCUUAGAAAAGCGAACAAUACCGUACCUUUCUGUCUCAGCCCGGAUCAGGGUGAUUGAUCCGUUUAGCAAAAUGAAACAAGAAUAUAAUACGAUAUUGGACGAUGCAGACUCUGCGAAUCGUAAUAACUUUGUCCCAUCUCAGAGCUUUACAUGAUGUUCUCCGGGUAGUUUUCUUAAGGUGACCAAUAUAUAAAACUAAACUGCUAACCGGCAACGAAACCAGCUUUAGCCGCGAGCUGAUUUCAAAUAACUGUCACUUGUGUUAAAGAAACAAUUGUGGGUAGGGAAAAAAAAGUCGGGAGGUGGGGGGAGGAAGAGAGUAAUUCUGUCUACAUCCACUUCUACACAGAUCCCUAACCACAAAACAAGCGAAAAAAAACACAUAAGCAAGCAACACAGUAAUCAUAUGUCAAGCUAUUAGACAGGGGAAGUUGAGAAAAAUUACAAAAUGUUUGCUAACCCGGUUUCAUAACUCCGGAUAGAUAUAUGUUGAGUAAAUGACAAUCAAAAUAUUGACCAGCAUGAACAUUAUUGUGGAUGAUUUUUAUGGAUUUAAUUGAAUGAAAAGAAGUCGUUCAAAAUUUCAAGCAAUAAACUUUUGGAAGGAUUCAAAGAGAAAUCCUAUUGUUGACGAGUGAAAGUUCUGUUUGUCCACGUUCAAGAUGAAUAGGAACUCCUUCGUGUUACUCUUGAUAGUAAAGCUUAAAGUUUAAGAGUUAGAUUCGUAAAAACUGAUGCAGGUGGCUAUUUUCUAUCAAAUGAAGAAAAUGUUGCCUUUAAGAUGGGGAUAAAAUGGGAGAUUCCAGAAAAUAUCCAUACCAUACUUCGGACAGCUUCCAUAUUUUAACCGCCCCUUACCUUCGGAAUUUCUAAAAUGUGUUAUCCCCCCCUGCCUUCGGAUUUCCAGUUCAAAGAACCCCCCUUGGCCUUGGAAUUCCAAAGAGCCAUCCAUGGUGUGGUACGGAUAUUUUCUGGAAUUGCCCAAUGAAUGAUGCUUUCACUGUACCACCCCUCAGUUAUUGUUCAGGACCCGGUUCCUAAAAGGCCGAUUAGCGUUAAUCCAGGAUUAAAAUUUUGUUGCGUUUUUGUUUUUUACGUUCCUAUGCAUUGCUUAGGGUAACAUUUUGUGUUAUCAUUACUGCAUCUCGUAGUAAAGGGUCAACAGUAUUUUGCAACCUCGAAUUGCAUGUCGUUAGACGAGAAAAUCGUGCUUGAAAUUUGGCUUAAUCUUGGGUUAAACUUAACCAUCUUUUGAGGAGCCGGGCCCAGAGUUGUUGUACAUAUCAUUGUAGUCGAAAAAGUUCAAACAAAAUGGAAAAAACCAAUGAACGAGCCCUUUGCUUUGCGACACAAUCAAUCACAUCUUAAAAGAAAUGAACCAGCAGUGAUAUCUCCACUUAAUCAAAAAUUGUUAAAUUGGUCAUGACGGGUGUAUAGUGGUGUGAUGAAAAGGGAGUGUCCAGGCAAUAACUUGCUAGAUAGGUAUAAAAUACAUUUUCACUCUCACAACCUAAUGAAAAUGAAUAUAGGCUUGUACUAUACUUAAUUAUUAUUAUAAGAACAGGUACCUAUGCGGGAUUAUGUCAUUUAUUCCUUAAUUAAUCGACUGAUGUUUUCCCAUAACUUUUUUUUUUUCAGAUACUUUCUCUUUACACAGGCAGAGACGUGCAGGCUUUUUAAAUCUCUGUUGUAAGAAUGGAACAAUACUACCAACUGUUUGGCUGCCUACCAAAACAGGCCCUCCCAAAGUUACCAAGAUCAGCGGUAGUACACAAAUUGUUGUGAGAGAUGACAGCUAUGUUAAAUUCCAGUGCAAGGUGGUUUCUAAUCUUGCAGCUAAUGUAACUUGGCUACUAAAUGGUUUACCAUUGACUGGACAGAUGGACUUUAGGUAUUCAUAUUUGGAAUGCAGAACCGUUUUACUGAUUGAAAAUGUGUUAAGCACAGAUGCCGGGAACUAUACCUGCCUUGUUCAAAAUGAGAAGGGACAAGCAAUGGCAUCCUCUUAUUUGACUGUGAGAAGUAAGUAAAAUUCAAGCAUCAAUGGAAAAUUAUCAUUUGAAAUGUUUUGUUAUUUUAUUUCUAAUUCUGUGUGCACUGAAGCUUACCAAUAAAGUUUGUAUGUGUAGCAAACCUUAACACAACAAUAAAAUGACCAAAUAUUUUGUUUUGAUUUUCAUAGCAAAAGAUAAAGGCCCAAUGUACAUAAUGGACUUUGGACUAGAGGGAAAAAAAGGAAUGCAGGGUGUAGCAGUUACUGGGACUUCUGUAAAUUUAACCUGCAGAACUCAAAACACUGCUGUUAACAAUUACUUUUUAAAGGACGGUUCUCCUAAGAUAGAGGAUGGAAUACGUGUCACAUGGUAUCAAAUGGGAGAUUUUCAACACAACAUCAAGGUUGCCAAACUUGAGAUAAAAAAUGUCACAUUAGCAGACUCUGGAAAUUACACUUGCGUGUCAGUCCUCCAUGGUAUAACAAAACGUAAAACAUUUCCUCUUAGAAUCGGUAUGUAUUUCUUUCAGGGAUCUUUACAAUUUUAUAUCUCUUGA